AUGAACACCCUGGAACCAUUGUAUGAACAACACCUUGGCAGUGACCAUGUUAAUUUUAUGCCCUUUGCCCAAGGGUAUCGAGCAGUCCUGAAGCUGCUACAGUUAAAGCACCAGCAAAAUAAAUCAGGCAAUGCAGGAAUUUGUCGGCUGUUGAGCACCACUCCAGUUCUUGUCCCAGCUGGCCAGACUAUGGUUCUGGAGGGUUCUGUUAAAAUCACCCCUCCAUCUGCAAGUAAGUGGGCCAUUAUUGAACAUCCCAGUUCAUCUCUGCCAGGGGGUUUGUGUGUCCAAAGCUGUCUAAUAACCCUGCCACAACAUUCACCAAAUAAAGUUCCUGUAAUCAUGAAGAAUGAAUCAGGUCAAGAUGUGUUUAUUUCCCCUUUGACCAUUAUUGCAGACAUUGGGUCAGCACCCACCAUUCUGUCACAGCAAAUUACUUCUCAAAAAGCACAACAGACAACUUUGGAGUUCAACUUUGGAGAUUCUCCCAUUCCACCUAAGUGGAAAGAACACAUUAUUAACAAACUGAACAGUAUGCCUGAAGUAUUCUCCCAUCAUGAUAUGGAUUUUGGCUGUACAGAUGCUGUUCAGCAUAACAUCAAACUUCAUGAUGAGACACCUUUUAAACAAAGAACAAGGCCAAUCCAUCCCCAAGAUCUGGAAGCAGUCCGAGAACAUCUGAGGGACCUGCUUGAAGCUGGCAUCAUAAGAGAGUCCAAAUCACCAUUCUCAUCUCCAAUAGUGGUUGUUCGAAAACGUAACGGUUCCAUCCGGCUAUGCGUAGAUUACAGAAAACUUAAUCUCCAAACUAUUAAAGAUGCAUAUGCCCUUCCUAAUUUGGA